ACAGUUGCAUUGAGGGACCAUAGAUACAAGUAAUAAAAAGUUAGGAUAGUGUGGUUUAAAAUAUCCAGUUAACACAUAAACUUAUCAACUUUUGACCUUCUUUUAAAAGGAUGAUAUUAGCCCGGAGAGAUGAUAGAACAACUUAUACAUACCAAGGAUUUGGAAUAAAUUGAUUUGGUAUAAUUUGCAGAAUGGUUUCACGUUAUGCGUUGGUAGCAUGUUGGAUAUUUUUACACAUCUUUAAAGAUCUAGUCUUAUGUGGCAACGUCACGAAAGAUGCAAGAAACAUUAAAGAAAAUGCAAACGGUGCCACUGUUAAGUGGAAUAUCAUACCAAGUAAAAACGAAAUACUUGUCAACACCCAUGUAUAUCUCCGGCGAGAGCAGGGAGACACACUGGUUGUGACAUCAUACCCAAUCGCCCUCGUAACAUCCAAAGGUAACGAAAUAUUUGAGUCAAAACUUUCAGCAAAAUGUUACGUUAAUCAUGUCAACGCGACGAGUUUAAGAGAUAAAGUGUAUGAGCUAGAAAUACGACGGUUGAAGGAGAAUCGAAAUCUGACGUUUGUGUUGACGGGGUUUUUUCGCAACUUAAACGACGGCAUUGUUCGUACAGAUGAAGAUGUGGCGAUUAUUAUUUUAAAAGGUGUCCUGGAGAAAUCAAGGAAACUUAAUAUAGUAAAAAUCUUUGUAGCCACUUUCCUACCGUUGGUUAUAAUAUUCGCCUGUUCGGUAUGCUGCUGGAAAGCACGUCAGACGGCGCAAACUGUCGGCGUCGGCGACAAUGUGCUAGAAAAAAACCCACCAGAAGUAACGCAAAAAGACUCGACUUCAGAAAAGACAGCAUCUUUUCAUAUACAGCUCGAAGAGAAAAAAGGUAGCAUAAGCUGCGAAGGUGAACUGUAACUAAAAAACAGUCAAAUCACCAAGGAACCUUGGCUGCAAUGGUUUCCAAACGAGGCGGAAUCAUAAUGUUAUUCAAUUAGGACUGAAUUGCAGUAGUAUCCAAACUAGGCAGAACCAUAAUGGUAUCCAAUCAAGACUGAAUUGCAAUGGUAUCCAAAAGAGGCAUUUUAAAUUGUAAUGGCACAUAGAGAAAAAGGUCUAGAGAAUAUUCUUUAAAGAGCACUUCGCGUGACUUUAGAUAAUUUUAAAUAUUUCGAAGCAUAAUAAAACCCGCCAGCUGUCAUCAACAAAUGUCAACAGGCUGAUGCGUUUGAACAUUGUAGACAAAAAGAUUACAAUUAGAUGUUAAUGUCCUGAGGCUAAAGGCCGAAUUUACACGACAAAAGCCUCUCAUACACUCAUGACACUUGCUAAUGACAUUUAAUAUGUCUAACAUGUGUUUGUUUAUUAUUUUUGCUACCAGUAGAUAUAGUUUUUAAGCGAUAGGUGUUUAUAUGUGAGAAUGUCGAUAUAAAACUUUGAAUCAAAACAAAGAAAAAUCCUAACAGUUUUUUGAUCACUAAAAUGAAAUUAAAAUCUAUAAACAUUUAAAACCUUAAAAAUUUGAAAAUACGAUAAACUAAUUUUGUAUAAAUGACACCGAUAUAAAUAAAUAUAUAAAUAUAAAAUAGACGAAUUGAUGGUUUAAAUUAUUACUAGAUUCACGAAUUUCUAGCAACUAUGUAGCUACCUGAAGGGAUCUCGCUCCCUUAACGUUUUUCACGUGCAAACCAAUCCAUCCGACUGAUACUGUUCAGUAGGAAUAACGUGUUCGUAGAAAAUUUGACAUAACCUUUCGAAAGUUAUUUAAGGUGGUUUAUCCCUCCCAAGGAAUAUUAAUAGCCUAUACAUACAGUUAAGGUCUUCACAGUCCACCGUCCAGUUAUCAUUAGCAAUAAGAAUAUUUUCAACGUGGUUGACUAAGAGGAGAUUAGUAGGAGUCUAGAUAUAGCAAGGGAAAAACAGUGCAUAUAUAAAGAAAGAUUUUCCGUGAUAAAGCAACAUACGCGAACUACGUAAUAUUCACAGUAAAUUAACUUUUAUUGUUUGUUUUCUGUGUUUUUUAAUUUAUUUAUUGUCAUGCGUUAUUAACUGUUUGAAUUUAUUUUUUCGUACUUUCAUUUUGGAAUCAAGUUUUGAGAUUUUUCGUACUAAGGAAAACCUGGUUAUCGCACAAUACUUCGUACAAUAUGACACAUUUUUCUCCUUCUGAUGUUUUUUGAU